AUGCUAAGCUCAAGACUCUCUGCGUCGUUGUUUUUCAUAGCGGUUUUUUUUCAUGAAAUUUCUGCGAAUGAAUUAACGUUUGAACUGCCGGACAAUGCAAAAGAAUGUUUCAAUGAAAAACUCAAAAUUGGCUCCAAAUAUGUCUUAGAAUUUCAAGUCGUCACGGGUGGUAACUAUGAUGUUGAUUUAGAAUUGAAAAGUCCAUCGGGUAAAGUCUUAUAUCAAGUAACAAAAAAACAAUACGAUCAAAUCGAACGAACAGCUGAAGAAGAUGGCGUGUACGAAUUCUGUUUCAGCAAUGAAUUUUCCACUUACACACAUAAAGUUAUUUAUAUCGACUGGAGAGUUGACGGUGAUCCCGAACAUGAAAUUGGUGGUGCGAAUCCACGCGUUGCUGAAGGUGCAUUAACGAUGAUCGAAUCAAAAGUAGGAAAUAUUCAUCGUAAUCUCGAAUCUUGUAUCGAUUAUCAAACACAUCAUCGUUUACGUGAAGCGACCGGUCGUGCACGUGCCGAAGAUCUUCAAGAGCGUGUACAAAUCUGGUCCUUAGGACAAUUUAUUCUUAUUAUUAUCGUAGCUAUUGGUACUGUCUUGCUACUUCGGUCGUUUUUCACUGAUCGAAGAACGCCAACCAGUAAGACGUGGUCCCGAUGA